AUGACUGUGUCAGGCUACAUCAACCAAUGCAUUGAGGACGUCAGCAUCAAAAAGAGCAUCACCACCCGGGCCAACCAACCACCCUGGAUAAAUGGAGAGGUUCAGAAAAUCGCUAAAAGAGCCAAACUCAGCUUUCAGGUGACCUACGAAGGUGUGCUCUACCUGCAGUCACCAGGACGACGCUGCUAUCACCAAGCAUGGGCUCCUGCAUCAAGGACAGCAAACAAAGUGUUCCAUGAGUCGGAGGACUUCAGAGACAUAACACCUCCUGUGAAAGCGUAUCAUAAAGACCCAUUGCAACGGUUCGACCGCCAGGCCAACACUAAAGAAAUAAGGAUGUCUGAAGAGGUGUUUUACAACAAUCACAGUCCGAUUCCCAGCAUGCAUUCUUCCGGCAGCAGAUGGUACGGAUCACCGUCCCCCCCUGUCUUCCCAUCCAUCCCCUCCUUUGAUUCCAGACUGACUUAUGGUGGAGGUGGCUCCCAUGGAACGAAGGGGAUGGUGAACCCCGCCUCCUUAGCACAUCGGUACCAACCAAGAAGAGGGCGAACUGGGGCCUUUUUCUCCAGCAGUAGCACCAUAGCAGAGAGAAGAGACGUCAAACCUGAUGGAGGCAACAAUCAAAGCCUGCUGAGGGAUGGAGGAUCGUAUCACCCUCAGUACCACCAUUCUGCUUCUCUGAAUGAGAGAGAAGGUCACCGCAGGAUCUCCUCCUGCUGCAGCAGUCCUCCGAUGCUAACUGCUGGAAUGGUUGAUGUGGGGGUGCUUGGAAUCCCUGGAGGGGUGCAACAGUACAGAGCCUCCAUCAAACCAUUGAUGGGCUUUGAGGAACACAUGGAACACCACGGCAACUCUGUUCACAGGUGGAGGAGCAGGAGGUCCUGGACCCCCCCUCUUUCCCCUCACAGGGGGAAUGACCUCACGAUGUUCAAUGGACAGGUGACUGCAGGUGCAAAUCAAGUGUCUCUGCAGAGAACAUCACCUGUUCACCACUUCCCAGAAUUCAACAGUAGGUGCAGCGGGCUCACGGUGGAUGGAAUUAACCAAAGAGGCUCAUCAUCCUCCACUUCAUCGGUGUUUCUUGACAGUCCUCUGAGGCAACCUGAUGCACCGUUUCUGGCCAACAUGGCAACCUGCAACAGCCAGAGUGAGAGGAUGACAGCCUUGGAGGAGCAGAUAGCCGCUCUAGCAGGGCUGGUGCACCGUGCUCUGUCCGCCGAUUCAGACGCUCUCGGACAAAAAGAAGCUAUAAGUCAGAUUGCAGAAGAAAAGCUGCUCAGCAAUCAGCUUGAAUCAUCAUCCGACUCAAAACUGCCCGACAGAUGCAGCUCGACCUCUUUGACCCGUAACGCCACGUCCUUUGAUGGGAGACUGCGACAGAACUUGAUGUCUGUAAAGAGAAAUAUUUGUGAGCUGCGACUUCAACUCAGCGGCCUCAGGCGUCUGCAGCUAUCAAAUCUAGAGAGCGCGAGUGCAAUGCUGCGUAUGGCGGGCCCAGAGCUGGUGAUGCUGAUACGUGAGAAACUUGCCCAAUCUGAGGAAGCUGCAUACAGACAAAGAGCUGCGAUGGAGGAGGAGAGGAUCCGUUACCUCGCCACUGAGGAGAGACUUCUUACACAGAUUAGUGAACUGGAGGACUAUGUGGAUUGUUUGCGAAGAUUGUCGUCUGUCGUCACUCAGCCAUACUUCACUCUCAGAGAUGUGGAGGAGGGAGAGGUUCGCCUCCGAAGGCUUGGAGAUGCUCUGGCGGUCCACAGAGGAGCGUUCCCAGUACUGCGGGCCAAAAUGGUCUCAGUGCUGAGGGUGGAAGUGGAGGCAGUGCGCUUCCUGAGAGAAGAGCCUCACAAAAUGGACUCCAUGUUGAAAAGAGUCAAAGCGCAGAACGAAACUCUUGAAUCUCUCCGCAGACAUCUGUCAGACUCCAGUUUACCCAAGCAGAGCUUCUAA